UUACCAGGAACUGUACAGAUGUGACUCAAGUCUAAAGCAUCUGUGAGAAGGGUUUCUGAGAGGAGACAGAAUGGAGACUCUGAACUCAUCCCACCCCACCAACAUCACCAGUAUCUUCUCUGGAAGUCCAUACACGACGGUGGAGAUAGUGCUCAUCAUCCUGGUGGCUGGAUCUCUGAGUCUGAUCACUGUCAUUGGAAACAUCCUGGUCAUGCUCUCUAUAAAGGUAAACAGGAACCUGCAGACCGUCAACAACUACUUCCUAUUCAGCCUGGCCUGUGCAGACCUCAUUAUUGGCAUCUGCUCCAUGAACCUCUACACCGUCUACAUUGUGAUUGGCUACUGGCCUUUGGGAGCAGUGGUAUGUGACCUGUGGUUGGCUGUCGAUUAUGUCGUGAGCAAUGCCUCGGUCAUGAACCUGCUCAUCAUUAGUUUUGACCGUUACUUCUGCGUCACCAAGCCCCUCAGCUACCCAGCACGCCGCAGUACCAAGAUGGCGGGCCUCAUGAUAGCCGCGGCCUGGGUCUUAUCCUUCAUCCUGUGGGCUCCAGCCAUUUUGUUCUGGCAGUUCAUUGUGGGUGGGAGAACCGUGCCAGCAGGUGAGUGCUACAUCCAGUUCUUCUCCAACCCAGCUGUGACGUUUGGGACAGCCAUAGCAGCUUUUUACCUGCCGGUGGCCAUCAUGAUCCACCUCUAUUGGCGCAUCUCCAAGGCCAGCCGCAGCCGCGUGAGAAGGGAGAGCAGGAAGACCUCAGGUACCAGUCUGGGAGAAGGCCCCUCUCACAGCCAGGAGGAGGGAUGUGAGAGCCAGAACAACUGCAUCACAACAAGAGAAGCUCAGGACGAGGCCGGAGAUGGGAAGGAGAAGGAAAUGUUGCAGCAGCAGCAGAACGGAAGCGGCCCAUGCACAGAAGAAGGAAAUGACCAGGUGGAAUCAGAGAGCAUUCAGCCUUCAACAUCUAAAGACAUAGCUGCUGUCCCUGCGUCAUCACAGAGAGGAUCAAAUGGCAGGAAAAAGACAAACCAAACACAGCCACCUUCCCCAGAAAACUCAGCUGCUGACAGGCAAAGUCUGGUCACAAGGACACUGUUUAAGGUAACAAAGCAGAGUGCUGUGGCAAAGUGGAAAAAGAAGGGCAUUUCCUCCAGGGAGAAAAAGGUGACACGCACCAUCAUGGCCAUCCUGGUUGCUUUUGUUGCCACAUGGACGCCGUACAACGUGAUGGUCCUGAUCAACACCUUCUGUUCCAUCUGCAUCCCAAACUCUCUCUGGACCAUUGGCUACUGGCUCUGCUACAUCAACAGCACCAUCAACCCAGCCUGCUACGCCCUCUGCAACGCCACCUUCAAAAACACCUUCAAACACCUGCUUCUGUGCCAGUACAAGAACAUACGUGCAGCGCGAUGAGAGUGGUAAAAUGUUGACUCAUGUCUGUGAUGGAGUCAAAAUAAUGUGAUAAAGAGGAAACAUGAUGAACAUGAUGAAGUGAACAUAUUGUUGAAAUAUAGACCAGGUGUGUUCUUAUUGUGCACAAUUUUUUUUUCAACUUAAUCCAGCUGCCAAUGAAAAUGAAAGUGUGUUUUAAAUUAAUAGUUGUAAUUUAUUUUUAAUUAUUUUACAAAAGACAUGGCACUGUAUUAUAAAGCUCCAGACAUGAAUGCAUUGUCUAGGAUGCAGUUUAUUGUGAAAAAGCACAUUUGGCCAAGUGUCAUUUGGGCUUUUAUUUUGACAGGAAGUUUUCCUCUUUGCUCCUUUUACAUGAGCUUGUGCAGUAUGUUGUUAGAUAUGCAGUCUGUUAAAAGUGUGGUUGAUGUGAUAAAAGAAUAAGGCUACUACAAGAAGAACAUAAUAAACUACAGAAAAAUUGUUAUUAUUGACAUGUUGUUGUGAAAAAAGAGUGAAUUAAAAACUUUUACCACACUGAUUUACGAGAGAAAAUAAGCAACUGUAAACUGCUGUGUGUGUGUGUGUGGUGUGUGUGUGUGCAUGUUUCCUCAAUGGUCAGCUUUACUCAGUCAUAGCUAAUGACAUCUGUAAUCCAUGUUGUUGUGAAAUGAGCCCAAAAGUGAGAUUUGUCCAUAUCAUCCCCUCCUUCAUGUAUAAAUACAUGUUUUCUGUAAAUAAAAGAGAU